AUGUUAUCUGUGCACCGGCUAAUCUUCCUGGGCGCUCUGCUCGCUGCCGCCGUAGUCGCCUCCCCCAUCGAAUGGGUGCUGGACACUAGCCAGAAUGGCUCCCGGACUGCUGUCGAGCCCGCCAUUGCAUCUCGCGUCAAUGCCAAAUGGCAGCCGACCAGGGCGCCAGCGGUAAGGGCGGCAAACGGAACAGCUGGCCCGGCUUAUCACUCGCCAUCGUCGUCGCUGUCCGCUGAUAACAAUCAUGACAACAACAGCAACAACAGCAGUGCUGUAGCCAUGCUGCUGCCGCAAGACGGUGACGGACCUGGAGCUCUUGCUACGGCCGCUGCCACCCAGCUGCCCGUCUACGUUGCCCAGCCUAGCGCGAAGAAGCCAGAAAUACUUAUCAAGUGCCACUGCGACAUCUGUAAAGAAACGAACCAUAUAUGCGAGACGGAUGGCUUCUGCUUCACGUCGGUGGAGAAGAACGCGGACGACACUAUACUCUUCAGUUUCAGAUGCCUGCACGCAGGCCACUUGCCACCCGAAGAUCCGACCUCGUGCAAAGUCAAUUCGCUGACAGCCGCCACAAAGUGCUGCAACACAGACAUGUGCAAUACGCGUGAGAAUUACAGUGGUGUCCUACCAGAUCUUAUGCCUUCACGACACCUGAGCAGUUGGGAGUUGGUGGGCAUCAUCGUGGGAGUCACAUUGUUCAUCUGUGUCUCAGGUACCAGUUCCUGGUAUUAUUGUCAACGCCGCAAGCUGGCCAGCGGCAGGCCGUUUGCCAAGGAGGAUUCGGUGUACGAUCCUACUGAAUGGAACACAACCAUUCACGACAUUAUAGAGAUGACGACAUCUGGUUCGGUUCGGGUGAGUUCCAUGGCGGUGUCUGCCGUCUACAUCCUUCAACCCGGAGCUAAUUUCGUGUGCUUCUUUUCAGCUGGGCUGCCUCUGUUGGUGCAGCGUUCCAUUGCACGCCAGGUGCAGCUGUGCCAUGUGAUCGAAGGACGGUUUGGCGAGGUCUGGCGUGGACGCUGUGGUGAGAACGUUGCGGUCAAGAUCUUCUCCAGCCGAGAGGAAUUCUGGUUCCGCGAAGCGGAAAUCUAUCAGACGGUAAUGCUUCGGCACGAGAACACUGGCUUUAUAGCUGCGGACAACAAGGACAAUGGAACCUGGACCCAGCUGUGGUUGGUUACCGAUUACCAUGAAAACGGAUCGCUCUUUGACUAUCUGACCACGCACACGGUGGACACCAACACCAUGCUGAACAUGUCGCUGAGCAUUGCUACGGGUCUGGCCCAUCUGCACAUGGAUAUUGUGGGCACGCGCGGCAAGCCGGCCAUAGCCCACCGCGAUCUCAAGUCAAAGAACAUACUGGUCAAGUCAAACCUGAGCUGUGCCAUUGGCGAUUUGGGUUUGGCCGUGCGACACGUAGAAAAGGAUGACUCAGUGGAUAUACCCUCAACGCAUCGUGUCGGCACUAAGCGAUACAUGGCACCUGAGGUGCUGGACGAGAGCAUGAAUGCCCAGCACUUUGAUUCGUACAAGCGGGCGGAUGUGUACGCCUUUGGCCUGAUACUCUGGGAGAUUGCACGACGCUGCAACAUGGGCAUGAUCUACGAUGAGUACCAAUUGCCCUACUACGACGCCGUGCAGCCGGAUCCCAGCAUCGAGGAGAUGAAGAAGGUCGUUUGUAUUGAAAAGAGUCGACCGAAUAUUCCAAAUCGUUGGCACGCCUCCGACGUUCUCCACAAUAUGGCCAAGGUGAUGAAGGAGUGCUGGUACCCCAACCUGGCCCGCCUAACAGCGCUACGCAUCAAAAAGACACUCGCCAGCAUCAGUGUGGAGGACAAGGUCAAGAACUGAUUGUGGCUCUAGUUCGACGAGGAGGAUUGGAAGUAAGCGUACAUUAGUAACCUGUAACCUGGCCCCGUGUUACCUUAAAUGUCCUGGCAGCGCCUGCGAAGCAGUUCCAGAAAUACAAAGAAAUUUGUAAAUAUUAAGUGCUAACUCAUCUUUAACGUUUCCCAUGCUUUGCUUUGUUAUUAGUUUCGCGUUCUGAACUAUUGUACAUAACCUUCGUUGACAUUUCCCCCGAGAUUCGCUCGUUUCCGGGCAGCGUGAGCAGGGCGGCGCACCAAAGGAAACUGCCGCACUGCCAUUAAAGCUACCAAUUAGGGCCUAGUUGUAUGCCAUCAAGCCAACAUUUUAUACAACAUAUAUUUUUUAUAAAUCCUGUUCCAGCUAACGAAACGAAACGAUAAAUACAAAACGAGAAAUACAGUAAGACUUUGUCAAGACUGAGCAGCAGUGGAAAGCAGUGAAAACCAAGCCCAAAAAAAGAGAAAAAAUAAAAAGCAGCCACAACCAAGAACAUCAGAGAGAGAUUUAAAAAAUUGUAGCUCUAAAACCAACAAAACACUCAGGAAAUCGUAAAGUAAAAUAAAGUAAAAAAAUAAGUAAAAAUUUAUUCAAUUUGGUGCGCCGCCCGCUUGCGUG